AUGGGCUUCCUCUACAAUUGUCAUCGUUGGUUGCUUUGCUUGCCAGCCGCAUACGUGAUCUUUAUUCUGUGUCUCGGGAUACCGUACAUCCAAAGAGGCGCAAUAUACCUUCACUGGGUCCAUGUACCGGUCCACGCGAAUUUCGAUGCUCCAGAAUUUUAUGGCAUAGCACCUGGUCAGGUUCGAAACUUUCAACUUACCACACCCGAUGGAGCGAAGAUUGGUGUAUGGCAUGCCCUGCCUGAGGCUGUCUACGUGCGGCAUUUUCAGCAAUCCGAGGACUUUUCCGGCUCAUUGUUACAAUCCCACACCGGUGCAAUCCCGUUGUCGGUGUUCGAAAACGCCCUAAGAACCCAUAAAACAGUUCUCUAUUCGCACGGCAACGCUGCCUCGCGAGCCCAAAGCUCCCGAGCCUCACUAUUACGUUCACUUUCGGGAUCAACCUAUGGGGCUUGUGAUGAAGGUCUCAAUUUUGUUAUCUAUGAUUAUCGUGGCUUUGCCGAUUCAUCUCCCCCGAAUUUGUUCCCACCGUCUGAGGAGGGUUUGAUCAAGGAUGCGCGGACCGUAUGGGAUUAUAUCGUGGGGUCGGGGGCAAAUCCUAGAAAUAUCAGUAUCAUUGGUCAGAGUCUUGGUACUGGGGUCUCUGCCGCGCUUGCCCAUCGCUUAAUUACCGAGGAGAAGGUUACACCGAACUCAUUAUGUUUGAUUGCACCGUUCACAAGCAUCCCGGAACUAUUGAAGACUUAUUCUCUGUUCAAGGUCAUACCAAUUUUGCAACCACUCUCUAUCUUCCCAAAAGCACAAUCUUGGCUUUUGGAUACGUUUCUAACCACCCACUUCAAUACUAAGUCCCUAAUCCCAGCAAUAACCACAAAUAUCAUGUUGAUCCACGCACAGGAUGACAUUGAUGUGCAUCCAUCCCACUCAAAAUCCCUGUUCGAGUACAUUCAUGAGCAUCACUCAGCCAACGUAACUGUGGGGGAUAGCAAGGAUAUUCCAAUUCUACUUCCUUCGGCCCACAAACAAUCUCAUCUCUCUCCAACGCCGAUCCUGCCAUCAUCUGAUGACCGCUUCAAGCCUGUGAUUAGAACCCACGAAAUAGCUCAUUACGGAACACUCCACCAGUUUAGUCGUCUCCACAGCAGAAGUCAAGCUAUCUUUCUCGACGCUCAGCGGGGUGGGCAUAAUCGGGUGGGGUAUUCGGGCACCGCGCUUCGGGCCAUGGCUGAGAUGAUUUGCAAACCCUCGCCUUAA